ACUCCCAAGGAGGGUAGAAAAGUGCAAGAGAUCAGCUUCAGAGAAUUCUCAGGAUUCUGUGUGACUUUGUACUGACAUUUGAACAAAGGCUUACUCUGAAGCAGAGCAAGGCAAAUGACUAUUUUUGCAUUUUCCAGUCCAGGCCUGUCAGGAGAAAUCAGAUUUCACCUGCUCAAUGUGAGGCACUCAGCGGCAGCUCAACCUACUAUCAAUUCUAUCAAAACUAUCAAUUCUGUGGUCACGGUAUCUUCACUGAGCCAAGAUGUCCCUGAAGGUGCAGGCUAGCAAUAUCACCAACAAGAACGACCCCAAGUCUAUCAACUCCCGCGUCUUCAUAGGGAACCUGAACACCGCCGUGGUCAAGAAGUCCGACGUAGAGACCAUCUUCUCCAAAUACGGCCGCGUGCUUGGCUGCUCCGUGCACAAGGGCUACGCGUUCGUGCAGUAUGCCAGCGAAAGACACGCCCGCGGUGCAGUAAUCGGCGAAAAUGGACGUGUGCUCGCCGGACAGACUCUGGAUAUCAACAUGGCGGGUGAGCCCAAACCAAACCGACCCAAAGGCCUGAAGAGGUCGGCUGCUGCUCUCUACAGUGGCUAUGACUUUGACUACGAUUACUACAGAGAUGAUUUCUAUGACAGGCUAUUUGAAUAUCGAGGUCGAGUCUCCCCGGUGCCCAGAGUGGUGCCUGUCAAGCGCCCUCGUGUGGCCAUACCUCUGGUGCGCAGGGUCAAGGCUCUACCUGUCAAACUACUGGCCAGGUCCUCCGUGCUGCCCGGUACUUCCAUUAAACAGAGACCAGUGAAAUCCAAUGAGCUGCAGGCCAUCAAGUCCGAGCUCACACAGAUCAAGUCCAACAUUGAUGCUCUGCUUGGCCGACUGGAAGAAAUCACAGAGGACAAAUACACAAGCACAGAACUGAGGAAGGAGGACUGCAAGAGUGAGGUCUCUCAGGAUGACUCGGGUUCAGAAGCGGAAGAGCUCGUAGACGACAACCAGGCCAGCGAGGUGGAGGAAGGAGAGGAGGGGACACAGGACGAAUGUGACGACGACAUGGAAAACCAUUUAUCAGAAAUGGAAUCCAUCCUGCAAUAAAAGCCAGCAGGGAACCUGGACUAGAUGGACCGCUGGAAACCCUUCUACUACCACAGACUCUGCAGGAGGACAUCGAGAACACAGGGGUGCCGUCAGAUUCAACAUUAGCCAUUAGACAGACAGGCAGACAGGCAGGCAGGCAGGCAGGCCACCCAUCACUUGAGGUGGGCAGGGGGAG